AGGCGAUUUUGUGACGGCUAUUCUGUGAUUGCUAUAUCGUGAUGGCGAUAUCGUGAUGGCUAUUCUGCAAUGGUUAUUCGGUGUCGGCUUGCUUGUGGGAACGGCAAAUCAAGGCACUCUGAAAGUGGUAGUGCCGUUCUUUCGAGGAAUCGACGUUUUCUGAGCCAAGGUGUGGCUAUUGGCUAUUUCUUGUGAGCAGUGGCUAUCUCUAUGAGUGGAAGGGGCUGAGGUGUGACCAUUUUUCGGCUAUCACUUGUGAGCAGCGUCUAUUGCUUGUCACUGUUGCCAGUGGUGGUGGCUGGUGCUGCAUUGUGUUAUCGCCAUAUGGUUGUGCCAGCAGAAAUUGAAAGCCUGGAAGGUGGGGUUGGGGACAGGGAGGAGAGGCAGGGUGGCGGGGGGCAGGUGGAUCACUACAUACGGGUGGUGGCUAUGGUGGAUGCGUACACAUUAAUCGAACAUUUCUGCGAUCUCCUGUCCGCACAUCUUCAAGAGAUCAAGACCUUCAAAGACUGCCCAGGGAAUGUCAAAGCCACAGUUUCGAGCCUCGUCUAUGCGGCACCAAAAUGUCCCGAAGUUCCCGAGCUCGCUCAGUUGAGGAUACAGCUUGGGGCCAAAUAUGGAAAUAAUUUUAUAGCAGCAGCCUCAGAGUGCAAGGCCCCCCGAGCAGGCAGGCGUAAUAACGACACACCCUCACCCAGAAGGAGAGGUGCUUCUGGCAGUGGAUCUGCGUCCGUUGGCUCCAGCUUCUCUGAAUUGGUUGCGAAUGGGCACCACUUUGAGGGCUUAUCUGUUCACACCCCCCCUCAACGCCCAAGCUUGCACCAGGUGGUGUCCCCAACAUCAAGAAAUCCUUCGAGUUUGAGAGUGGGAAACGUUCAUAGCAAGUCCUUGCCCAACAUCGCGGACGCGAACGGUGCGACGAUCAACGACAUAGUAGCGACGGCGGCUCCGUCGCCGCAAGGUGUCGCUGCAGCGCCAUGUCAAGUAGCUCAUCCUCAAGGAGCUCAUAAGGAGAGACCGGAGAGGGGUUCGGGCAAGUUUAGGCCGCAGGGGGGAAGCGAUGGGAACAUAGCAGGUAGAGUGACAGAGAGAAGGGAUUCCGGCAGUGGUGCGAUAUCGGAAGUGACGAUGCUAUCGACGCAUAAUAAGGAAAAGGGAUCGGGGAGAAUGAGGGUACCGGGACACUCAGGAAAUGAAGGAACUGGAACGACUCCCGGACGAGGAGGAGGGGUGGAGCGUAAGGGAGGAAGAACAAGAGAGCACCACAGAGCGAAGAGAUCCGACGGAGAUGACAGUCAGAAUCUGGCGGUGCGUGAACACUCUGGAGCAAUGCGUGAACACUUUGGAGCUUCUCCGACGGCGGCAGCAGAUGUCGUUCCCACUCAAACAAGCGUGCUCCCGCCGAGAGAGGUCGGCGUUUUGCAGGACGACAAGGAAAGUGGUGGUGGGCCUGCGGAGAGAAUGACGGACGAUAAUGAGAGCGUUAGCAGCGAUUUGUCAGAUACUCGAAACAACAACGACAACAACAACAGCAACAGCAACAGCAACAGCAACAGCAACAGCAACAAGAAUAACUGUUGUGGUGAGAAAGGCAGAAGAUCAGUGAAUGGCAAAGUCGAACCGGCAAAGUCGAGAACGAGGUCAGAAGCAGAGUACAUCGACGUUGCGGCGGCGGCGCGUGCAGCAGAGGAGUCGGCGGAGCAGGUAAUGAGGGCAGCCAGGGCGGUGAUUAGGUUAGCGCAGAAUCAGCUGCAGCAAAGUCUAGGGACCGUGAAUAACUCCAUCAACGUUCAGGACGGCUAGUAGGUUUCAGUGAUUGAGGGCAUACUCACACUAGGACUUGAUUGAACGAAUCUGCCCUCGAUUUGGGCCAGAUUCGGUCAAAAAAGUCCUAGUUUGAGUAUGCCCUUAGUCAUCUGAGUGCAGUUCCCCUCGGAAUCAGUCAAUAACUCCUGCAUGGGUCUCAGCUUCAUUUAAUGGGGUCAGCUUCAUUUAAUGGGGUCAGCUUCAUUUAAAAGGGGUAAGCUUCAUUUAAAAGGGGUAAGCUUCAUUUAAAAGGGGUAAGCUUCAUUUAAAAGGGGUAAGCUUCAUUUAAAUGGGGUAAGCUUCAUUUAAAGGGGUUCAUUUGGCAGCUCGUUGGAUAAUUUAGGGUAUGAUGAUGAUGAUGAUGAUUGCAGGACUCCUGUAUGGAUCCCAGCUUCAUUUCAAGGGGUCAGCUUCAUUUAAAGGGGUUAGCUUCAUUCAACAGGGGUCAUUUGGCAGAUCCUUGGAUUAGGGUAUGUCUUCAGGACUCCUGUAUGGGUCCCAGCGUCAUUUAACGGGGUCAGCUAAAGGGGUUAGCUUUCGCUCAAAGGGGUGGUUUGGCAGCCCCUUGAAUAGGGUAUGUCUGCAGGACUCCUGCAUGGGUCCCAUCGCCCAUUUAGUGGGGUCAGCUUCAUUUAAAGGGGUUAGCUUUAUUCAACAGGGGUCAUUUGGCAGCUCCUUGGAUACCGCAUGUCUGCAGGACUCCUGUAUGGGUCCCAGCUUCAUUUAAAAGGGGUCAGCUUCAUUUAAAGGGGUUAGCUUCAUUCAACAGGGGUUAGCUUCAUUUAAAGGGGUUAGCUUCAUUUAACAGGGGUCACUUGGCAGCUCCUUGGAUUAGGGUAUAUGUCGAUGCGGCAAAAGCAGGAGUACUCAGUCCCGAGGACUUUGCAACAAUCUUUUCACAGCAGGCUUUCGCGCACGAGGGCAUACUCGCACUAGGACUUCUUUAAAGUUUUUUUCACUUAUUUAUGGACGUACUUGUUGCCAGAUACAACCAGGUACGGCCAUAAAUGCGGUCAGAUACAUUUAGGAGAGAGCUUGGGCGAGACUGAGCCGCUGUUCCAAGGUAUACGCCCGUCCAGCGUUCGGUCCCAAAAAGGAAGGCUAGGGAUCGCCAGUGUGUAUCAAAGCGAGAAUUCCAAGAUUGCCAUUAAAAUUUCCGGAUCAGUAUUAUAAAAAAAUUAUAAUAUUAUUUCCUUUUUUUUUUUUUGACCAAGGCUGAUAUUACCAAUGAGAAUUUUGAGGCCCGGGUGCCGAUCAGUAUUUCCUAUUUAGGAUUUAGCACCUAUCGU